AUAACAGUGCGUAGAUAAAAAGUACGAAUACGUUGUUCAUUAGUCAUCAGUGUGUGGAAAGAGGCUGUUGUCUAAUUCAGGUACUCGCAGUUACAACGAAUAUGUCCAAGAUAGUAGGCGAUGGCUACUCGGAUGACAUUGGUUUUCCAGAAACAGAUAUAACGCUAGUUAUAGAAGAUAAGAAAAUUCAUAUCAACAAAGGCGUUCUUUCCAGACAUUCUCCAGUUUUUGAAGCCUUGUUUUCUGGAAGUACUGAAAGGGAGAUAACGCUGGAGAACAAAAAGGCUAAGGACUUCGUUGCUUUUCUCGGAUGUUUUUAUCCAAACAUGAAAAAACAGAUAACAGAACAGAAUGUAUUGCAAAUAUUACCGUUGGCACACGAGUACCAGUCUUCAGUAGUUACCGACUGCGAAAAAUUCAUGCAAAGCAUGUGCAACCAAGGACAAAACCUGACAGUGACCACAUUUCUGGAUUUCAUCUUAGCAGCCGAAAAAUAUGAUCUACAAAAUUUUCUAGACACGGCGGUGAAAUUUUGUGCUCAUGUGAAUUUUGAUCUUCUCAACGGAAGGCAGUUUGAAAGAAGACCGGUAUACAAGGGAUUUAACUACACAGAAAGAGUUAACAAAACAAUCUCUCUUCAGUGCCUAAAAAUUGAUCCUAAAACUCGUCUUGCUAUCGCAGAAAACAGACUUAAAACUCUUGAAAUGCGUAACAGAAAGUACACGAACAAAGACCCAUUAGAUGAAAAGGAUAAAGACAUAUACAUGUAUAUGCCAUUGGUUUAAUAUCUUUAAGAAUAUUAUCUUUAUAUAU